AUGAGACCGGGAGACCGGGCGAUGCGGGGCUUCGCGUUGGGCUUUGCGUUGCUUCAGCUCACGGACUCGGACUGCGGAACGCUCUUCAAGGACUUCGGUCCACCGUGCUUGGUGGGCUUGCCUGCGACCUGGCGCCCGGGAAAGCAUGAGAAUGUCAAGGAUCACAUGAGAUCCACCCGAAACGCGCUUCGCUGCUGCCUGGAGCUCCCCGUCCUCGGCCGCGCCUGGGAGCUGGGCUUUGCCAUGUCCCACCUGCUGCGCCGCGUCGACGAGCCGAACGCGUCGGCAAGUGGACCGACGGCGCGGAGUGCCGCGGCGGUCUUUGGGCUCUUCUGUGGGCCGAAGGCCUGUGGCCCCAGCGAGAUCGGUCCAGUGGCCUUGACACACUUCCUGGCCGAACAGAUGCAGGUCUCGGCCACGGCGAUGCCGCCGCUCCCAGGACAUGAGAUUGCCGUGACCGAACUCGUCGACUGGUCUUCGAUCCCUUUGCACUUCGUGAUCGCCGGAGCGGAGCGCUGUGCCACGAGCUCGUUGCACUACAACCUCUAUCAUCACCCAGAGAUUGACUUCACACUUGGUCCGACUGCGGAGGACUACAGUAUCUUCAUGCAGGGGCAGCGAAACAAGUUGGUCCCAACCCGUGCGCAAGUGGAAAAUCACGUGGCACAACGAUCCACGAAGAAUCAGCAACCAUCCAUGGGCGCCAGCAUCAUGGGCCUGAAAAACCCAGUGAUUGUGACUUAUCCACUCUCCUACCAUGCCAUCGCGGAAAUGAGAUCGACCAAGAUGAUCUUGGUGCUUUGUGAUCCCUUGCGACGCCUGGAGAAGCUCUUCAUGUUUUGGCAGUUCUGUCACCACGACCUGCAGGACGCUUGGCGCCGGGGGGACGCUGCGCGGCCGAAGCAAGAAAGGUGCUAUAGCAGCAUCGGUGCCUUGCUCACAUGGGAACUACAGCCGUGGCUGAGAGCACAGUUCUUGGCUCCCCACUUGAAGGUGAUCCUGGAGAUUUUCUCCACGCGACGCUUGCUGAUUCUUCACCAAGCCUCGCUGCGGCGAACACCGCGAGAGACCUACGACCACGCGGCACGCUGGCUGGGAGCGCGCAGCGGCUUCAGCGCCGCGUACCGCUUCCGGCGCAGGCAAUAUCGCUUGGGCCACCGCACUGACUUGUGCCACAACGUUUCGCUUCAAGAAGCACUGAAGCGGCGCCUGGUGUUGGAGUACGGAACCUUCCUUUGGGCGAUCUCCCUGCAGGCGGGCGCUGGCUUCCCGCAGCGCGAGGCGCAGGCGGAGCUUGAGGAGCACAGGUCCAGGUGCGAUGAUCCAGAGGAGCUGGUGCCUGGAGAGUGUGGACUUUAUGACGAAGAUGACACUGGCUGCCCGCAGCGCGAGGGCUGA